AUGAACGACACAAUCAAAGUCUGGCUCGGCGUGUGGCUCGAGAACAACGCCACGACCAACACGCGCCAACUCGACCAGAUGUACGACAUACUCGACCAGUAUCCAACUUCCCACUUCGCAGGCGUCAUUGUCGGCAACGAAGUCCUCUUCCGCAAAGACAUGACGGCCGCUCAGCUCGGCGAGCAGCUUUUGAUCGUGAAGAAGAAUCUCGCAGCCAAAGGCAUCACACUACCCGUAUCCACUUCCGACAUCGGCAGCGCAUGGACUAAAACCAUCGCCGCCGAUUCGGACAUUGUGAUGGGGAACGUGCAUCCCUUCUUCGCCGGGGUGAAACCCAACGUGGCCGCAUCAUGGACCUGGUCGUUCUGGCAGAACAACGACGUCGUUGUCGCCGGUCCGGCAUACGGGAGCUAUCCCCGGAGUCUGAUUUCGGAGACUGGAUGGCCAAGUCAGGGCGGGAACGAUUGCGGGACAGGAGUGAAGUGUCCGACGCCUACCGAAGGGUCGAUUGCGGGUAUUUCGGAGAUGAACGUGUUCAUGGACACGUGGAUAUGUCCGGCAUUGGCGAACGGGACGACAUACUUCUGGUUUGAAGCUUUCGAUGAGCCAUGGACCACGAUUUUCGACGAUCCAACGACGGGUGAUUAUUGGGAGCCUCACUGGGGCCUAAUGGAUGUCAACCGCAACAUCAAGGAAGGCUUGACGAUUCCCGAUUGCGGAGGGCAGACCGUGACCAAGUUCUGGUGA